AUGAAUUCACUCAAAUCACUUGUCGUCUCUCCGGACGUCAACCCCAGUAAUCGAAAAGCGAGGUCAAUACCAGUCCUCAAUCCCUUCGACCGGUAUGGCCGGGUAUUCUUCUUCUCGUGGCUUGGCUUCAUGGUUGCAUUCCUGUCAUGGUAUGCGUUUCCACCUCUGUUAACGGUGACCAUUCGCAAAGAUCUUCAUAUGACACAGCAACAAGUCGCAAACUCGAACAUUGUUGCUCUUCUGGCUACAUUCCUUGUUCGAUUCAUCGCUGGGCCGCUAUGUGACCGCUUCGGACCUCGACUUGUUUUCAUCGGCCUCUUGCUUUGUGGCUCUAUUCCUACAGCUAUGGCUGGUCUAGUGACCACCCCUAAUGGUUUAAUCGCUCUGCGUUUCUUCGUUGGCAUCCUUGGUGGUACAUUUGUCCCUUGCCAAGUAUGGUGCACCGGUUUCUUCGAUAAGAACAUUGUGGGAACCGCCAACUCUCUGGCCGCAGGCUGGGGUAAUGCUGGAGGUGGAAUCACAUAUUUCGUCAUGCCUGCUAUCUACGACUCGCUUGUUCACUCUCAAGGUCUCGCACCGCAUAAAGCUUGGCGCGUUGCCUACAUUGUCCCGUUCAUAAUCAUCGUCGUCCUGGCUCUCUGCAUGCUGCUCAUAUGCGAGGAUACCCCUACUGGCAAAUGGUCGGAGCGCCACAUCUGGAUGAAGGAGAACAAUGAAUCCCAAGCCAAUAUCGUCAACCUCAUGUCGGGCAGCCCCUCUACCCGCCCAUCUGGUCCUCCAUCUAUCAAUAUAUCUACUCCGCAAUCCGAGAAGAAGGGUGCCCAGACACCUCAGAUGGUCGAUCCUGAAGCUCAAGCUGUUGGGCAAGUUGACAUCCUCAGAACAGACACCGUGGUGGCCCCCAGCCGCAAGGAGGUCAUGAACGUCCUUCUCAGUCUCUCCACGGCCGCUGUUGCCAUCCCAUACGCCUGUUCCUUUGGAUCCGAGCUCGCUAUCAACUCCAUUCUGGGCGAAUUCUAUUCGAAGAACUUCCCUGACAUGGGCCAAACCGAGUCAGGCCGCUGGGCAGCCAUGUUCGGUCUUCUCAAUGUCGUUUUCCGUCCUGCUGGUGGAUUCAUUGCAGACAUGCUGUACAAAUACACAGGGGCCGUAUGGUCGAAGAAACUUCUUCUGUCUUUCCUCGGUGUUGUCAUGGGUGCUUUCCAACUGGCCAUUGGCCUCACCGACCCUCGAUCCGAAGCAACCAUGUUCGGUCUCACUGCCGGACUGGCAUUCUUCCUGGAAGCAUGCAAUGGCGCCAACUUUGCCGUCGUACCUCAUGUUCAUCCCUUCGCGAAUGGUGUCGUCUCCGGUGCCGUAGGCGGCAUGGGAAACCUUGGCGGAAUCAUCUUCGCCAUCAUCUUCCGAUACAAUGAGACGCACUACAGCCAGUCUCUCUGGAUCAUCGGCGUGAUCUCCAUCGCCGCCAACCUGGCUGUUUCGUGGAUUCGACCAGUACCGAAAUCCCAGAUGAUGCGGCAAUGA